AUGAUUAAGCCUAUCUCAUUUCUUCUUGACGCUUCUUCUCCCUCCAACCCAAAGCCAACUCCAGAUCUGCAAUUCUCCUUGGUUCCAGGGGAUCUCCCCUGGAACCACCCCACUUUGGUUAAUAAUCCGGGCUUCUCUCCCCCCCCUCCCCCCCCGGUUAUGUUGUGGAGAGGUGGAGCUGCUAAAUUUGGUGGAUCUACUUUUAUUGUGCUUGGGGAUCAAAGGAGAUUAGGAGAUGCUGUGAUAUUCUUUGGAAUGUCCUAG